AUGCUUAAUCUUCUCAAAUCCGCCAUUAAGAAAGACUCGAGCACAAAAGGAGAGGCCAAUGGCGGCAACCUCGACGACUUCUUCACGAACGGGGUGGAGAAAAAUGGACUCAGUAGUACCCCCUCAGCAGGUUUGACGAGCAGAAAGAAUGGUGAAGGAAAUAGAGGCCUCCGAUCCAUACGGAAUGAAUUUAGAGCUUCGGAAUAUGGUCUGGUGAUAAAAGAUCUUGACAAGGAGAAAGAGGAGUCGGCCCAGAGCCAAUUAAAGUUGGCUCAAAAUGAUACGGCACAGCAUCAGGCGGAAAACAGUGCACCGCAAGAUGCCAUCGAGGCACCAGGUAGAACAGAAGAGGUGAAUGCGCAAGCGCGACCACCUUCUAGCCCAAGCUUUCGCGAGGGAGGGAGUUCGACAGGACCAACCCUCGAAAGUGUUGACAAGCAAGGCCAAGACCCGGCAGACAAUGAGAAUCUGCAGAGCACUGAAAUUGCGCCUGACCAACAGACUAACGGCCGAGCCGAAGGAACCGAAUCAAGAGAUCUUGUUCACGAAACAACACAAGAGACAGGAGUACCCGACCUUGCCGGAUUGAAUUCUCGAGAUUUUGAUGAAGAUGCCACUACAGGACUGGGUCACACUGACCUACGAGAUGAGAACGAGGGACCUGCGCAAAGCAGUCUAGAUCAGGACGAACACGAAUCUCCCCACGACGAGCAUCUUCCGAAUUACCACAAUGACGAGGAGCAAGAAUUUGGCCAACAAGCGUUAGAGGAGCAAGCUGCGUCAGGCAUGGACGACACUAUGGAAGGGGCCAUUGAGGAGGAUGUCGAGAUAGAUCCUACCCAGCUCGACGAGGGAUUUGAAGAUGGGGAAUGGAACCCUCGGGACUUGGACGCAGAAGACGCCGAAAAUCACGAUCGCCUCAAUCCGCAACAUCCUGAUGACCUUGACAGCUAUGCCGGCACCAUCGACGACCCAGCUGAUGGCAACGACGCUAUGUACGGUGAUCAAGGCCAUGAUUAUGAGGAUAACCAGUCAUACCAAGAUUAUGGCAGUGAAGAUGAGGCCAACCUCGAAAGCGCAAUGUCUCCAAACCAUGACGACGUAGACGGUAGGGAUGACUUUCCAGAUAUUGGUGAUGAAGAAGGCGCAAACCCGGAAGACAACUACUCGAACUAUGACGAGCCACCUUUAGGAGACCAUGAUGACUUCGAACCGGAAGACAGAUAUCUAGAAUCGGACCAAGAGCAAGGUGAGGGCGAUAAUCUCAAAGAACCAAAUGACGACUUUGCCGAUGACGACGUUGGUUCGCAAAUGGCUGAUAGCCUCGGGCAGGAUGAGACCGCUCUUGACGAAGGUAAUGAGCCAUCUCACGUGGGUGACGGCUUUUCUGAGAAUAAUAUGGAAGAACAUCGCGAAGGAAUUGAUGAUACUCUGUAUCGAGAUGAUGAGUCCCUCGGGGAAAGCUUUAACCCCGAUGCAGCUGAACAGAUGUCAACCACUUCAGAACAUCCUUUGAUGGAAGAAGAUGAGCCUCUAGAAGGAGACGACCCUCCAGAGCAUGAUGACGACGUGGAUGCAAAUGACGGCCUUGAUCGCGAUGAGGACGAAGAUGGCAAGUUAGAGGGAGAUGAUGACCCCUACGGAGGAGACGACUUAGAGGCCGCUGAUGAGCAGUCGUUUAUUGCCGAGUCUGCAGCAGCAGAAGAGGAACGAUCUGACCUUGGAGAGGACUUCGGAAGUCAGGCCCAUGGGGACGAAUCAAUAGUUGAUAACCCUCUAUCGAUCCCAGGGAGAGAAUGGACGCAGGAACAUUUGGCUGCCUUUCAGAUCCAUGUACGGUCCAAAUCAAAUAUCUUUGACUUUCUGAUUCAGAAGGGUGUCUUGAAUCGCGAAAGGGUGCCUGAGGUUAUCGUACAGGCUCUCAAGUUGUGCCUAAAGGACACAUCGAAGGACGACACAACUGCUUUGCGACACAAAAAGCAUGCAACUGUUUUCAUGGAGGCUGGUGGCACACCACUCGGUCCGUAUUUGGCAUUUCUAGCCCUCACUGUCCAAUCCACCAUGAACUCAUCCAAGGAUGGGACAGAUAAAGACGGGCAAAAACAAAAGGACGAAGAGAGGCCAAGUGAUGAGGAGGAAUCCAAACCAGUCGCUACAAACGACGAAGAUGAUCCAUGGGAUGAUGAUUUCGGCCUUGAGGACGGUCUGGAGGCACCCCCUAGUUAUUUCGAGGCACCCAAGGCUGUGCAAACCGCGCCAAAAUCUGGGCACGAUAGUGAUACACGCUCCAAGCGUCCAGAAGUUGCAACUAAUAUCAUGGUUGUAAUGUACCUUCAAGCUAUUCUUGAAUCCUCUCGCGCCCGGGUCUCAGAACCUGCAAAAGCAUAUUUGGAAUGGACGUUUAUUCCCCAGCCUUUGCAGAUCAACUCGGAGCCUGCCAGUUGUAAGGAUGAAAACAACGGAUCGCUCCAUGAAAAGAGAGAGAAACUUACCGCUGGUGACCACAAGAAGUGGGAGGACGUCAAUCCUUUGGAGUAUGUUUCGAUUGGGACCCAACCAAUGUAUAGUAAACAACAUUAUAUCGACUCGCACGACAUCAAGGCCCAGGAGGCGGCGCACAUGAUUGCUAUGAUCUGCGAGCGUCUACGAGUUUCCAAGACAACACUGUCCGAGUACGAUCGAACGACUUUUGUCAUUACGUCGUCUGCCACUUCUAUAUCUUUCGCCUACGCUGUGUUCACGCUUGAAUACAUCAAGUAUUACAAGCUUGAAGAAGGACAACCCUCAACCCUUACUCCUGAAAUGGAAGACAUAAUCAUUGAUCCUGAGGAUUCUAAGCCCGAACUGAACAUUUUUGAAAGCGUUCCAUACGAUUUAUCGAGGUGGGACGAGGCACUUGAAGCUGGAGAGCUUGCUGUAGCUAUCGUGGAAUAUUUGCAGCUUAAUGGACCACUACUCGCCGCAACGGAAGAAGUUCCACCCUUAAGCCCGGACGAUGGCUUAAACCGUGCAACAUCAGCAGCUAGCUCGAAAUCGGCUUUCGAUGACUCAGGUAAGAGAUUCCCUAUCAGAAUCCGUCCUCACAUACCAGAAGAACCAAUCUCGAGUGAAGAUGAGACGGCGAGUAAUGGAGAUGCUGAAAAUGUGUCAGACAAAGGACUGCCCACACCCCUUUUCGAGGACCAGGAUGAAGGACUAGAAGAAGAUGUCGAUGAUGGCCAAGAGGAUAUGAAGGAGGGUCAAGAAGAGGGUGGCUCUGAUGGAGGAGAUGGACUGGAAGAGGAUGAAAAUCAUGAGGACAAAGGCCCGGACGAAGACCCUGAAAAUGAAGAGGCCUCCCUGGAAAACGAUGUCGAAAGAGAAGGCUUUGAUGAGGAAGGGCUUGAUCAAGACGGUGUUAUGGAAGACACGCUCGACAAGGAAGAUCCCGAAGAAGAAAGGUUUGAUGGUGAAGCUUUUGACGACGAGGGCCUGGAUGAGGAAGGCUUUGAUAGAGAUGACUCUCAUGGAGAACUUUUCGACGAAGAGUUCGAUGCAGAGCACUCUCGGAUGGACAGUAUGUAUGACGAAGCUGAUGCAAACGGAGACGGAGAAUACAGCGACGAGGAGUAUCAAGAAAUGGGCUCAGAGGGACGAGCAGAAGAGGACUUUGAAGGCGAGACGGCGGAAGUUGACGGUCUGGAUGAUACGCUUGCAGACAUUCCCGAAGAAGACUCUGCAUAUGGAGAAGAAGGUUCUGCAUAUGGCCAAGGAGGUUCUGCUUAUGGUGAAGGUUCCGCAUAUGGAGAUGAAGACUCGGCACACCGCCAAGCAGAAGCCGAUAGUUAUUCUCCAGCCGAGCCUCUGGAAUCGCCAUUUCCUGACGAAAGUGGAAUGGCAGAUGGACCGGAUGAUCAAGCAAGCACGUACUAUGAAGAUCAGUACAUGCCAGAGCACAGUCCUGGAAUGGACGAUUAUCCUCCUGAGGAGCCUACAGAGGAUGAAUAUGUCUCUGGAGAAGAUGACGGUGAGAACUUCGAUGAAUAUGCCUCCGAUGGUGCGCAAACAGACAUGGACCAUGAAGACUUCGCACCAAGAGCGGACAGUGGAAACGAAGACGAGUAUAUAUCUGGAGAGGAGUAUGGUGAGAAUUUCGAUGGUGAGAUUUCAGACGGCGCAACACAAGCGGGCCUCGAUGAUGAAGAGUUUGCGCUCGAGCAGAAGCUUGGGUAUGAGGAUGACUACAUGACAGGAGAUGAAUAUGGUGAGGACUUCAGCAAUGAUAUCUCUGACGGCGUAACGCAGGCAGAAUUCGAUGAUGAUGACGAGCUUGCGCUUAGGGAGAAGCUUGGUGAUGACUAUCUAUCAGGAGGAGAAGACGUCGAAGAGUUCCAUAACAACAUUUCAGAUAGCGCUGUACAAGCUGGGUUCGGCGAUGAGGAGCCAGCCUUUGAGGAGGACCAAGGCGAAGCCGAUUAUCUAUCAGGAGAUGAUGACUAUCAACAAGGGGAUAACGGCUAUGAAUAUGGAGCCAGCGGUUAUCAAUCCGACGGCGACGACUAUCCCUCCGGAGUAGGUGACUAUCUACCAGAAGAAGGCGGCUAUCCAUCGGAAGAGGAAGAUGAUCUAUCAGGAAAUGACAAUCGUGCCGAACUCCCAGAUGACAUCCCAGAGGAAGCGAGAGUAGUAGAACUAGACGACGAGGAGCUCCCGCUGGAGCAGAGCGGCAUUGAGGGAGACUCAUACUCAGACCACGAAGAAGACAGUCAUUUCGAAGCUGCUGAGGACACAUAUCAUGAAAAUAUGGAUUAUGAUCAUGGUUCAGAGGUCGAUCCAUCAGAAGAAUUCAUGCCACGACAGGACGGCCAGCGGUAUGAGGGCGAUGACUUUGAGGAUUCUCUACAUGGUGAAGACGAAAGAGAAGUCCCGUUUGAUGAAAACCAGCCUGAAUAUGAAGACCAAUACGAAGGGCAAGGUUUCGAUGACUCUUAUGAAGCCGACGAAACUCAGCAAGAGUUCUCAGCUCAUGGACGCGACGACUAUUCCGAUGUUGACCAUGCAGAUGAUCCAACGACCUCAGUACGAGAAGACGUUGACGAAACUCAGCAUUCACCGCACCUCCAGGGCGUUCCUACUCCUUAUCAAGCUAACGAAAAACCCCUCCCGCCCAUGCCCGCCGAGCACUUCGAAAAGGAUGGAGUCACUAAAGUUCAUGCCUCCAAAGAAGAUGUCAAAAGCCAGGAUCACUCCGCACAGGAGCCAGCCGAAGAAGACCAUUCUCAGGAGACCCUUCCUGAAGCAGCCUACGAUCCCAAUCAUUCCAAACCCACUCAAGAACCAUCCCAAAAUCCCAAAGAACCAGAACUUCCCGAUCAAGACUUUCGGUUCUCCUUUCCGACCCCGGAUCAGAAUCAAAACCAGAACCAAGAUCAGGACCAGGACCAGGACCAGGACCAGGACCAGGAGAUCGGCGAACGCCCAGAAGACCAGCAACACCUACAAGAAGAAUAUCCACCCGAAGAAGGAGAAGAAGAAGGAACAAACUUCGAGGAAGAAGAAUACGACCAAACCCACGGUGAUCAACAUGACCGACAAUUUGAACAACAACACGAUUACGACCAGGAGUACGACGAACAAGAUUACGACCAGAAUUACGAACGACAACAACACGAACCUCAAUACCCAGCAGAAGGAGAGACUCAAGACCGAGAACCCCAAUACGGCGAUCCAGUCGAAGGCUACCUCUUCGACCCGGAGACCCAACAAUACUACCCCCUCGACGAGAACGGCCAACCUUACAUGCCCGAAGAACAGUAUGAACCGGGCCAGGGCCAGGAGCAGGAGUACGAGGAGGAGCCGCAGGCCUAUUACGCCAAAGAAGACGCGCGCCAGAUGAAGAAUGCGCCUGACAGAGAGGCGUAUGAUGGUCAAGGCUACGGCGACGGCGGUGGCGGUUACGAUGGCGCGGGCUAUGACGGCCACGGAUACGGAUACGGAUAUGGAGGGGAAGGGUAUGCGUACGAUGAGCAGCAGCACCAGCAGCAGCAGCUGGGCCACGGCGUCUAUGAUGAUCCUCGAGCAGGAAAGGGCAUGAUUACGCAGGUGCACGCGCGGGCGCAGCCGGUGGGGAAUGUCUUUUAG